AUGAAUUUUAUGUUUGUGACACUGGCAACUUUCUUAAAGGUUAAUCCACCUAAGUUCAAGGGAACCACCAAUUCGACUGAAGUUGAUACCUGGUUUCAGGCUAUGGAGCGAGCACUGCAAGUGCAGUUGGUACUCGAGGAGCAAACAGCCAAGGAAUUGGAGUUACUGCAGCUGAAGCAAGGUGCUAUGUCUGUAUCUGAGUAUACAGACAAAUUUGAGGAGCUAUUCAGGUUUUUCCGCAUGUGUCAGGGAGCUCUGGGAGACUUCGAGGAAUGGAAAUGCAUUAAGUAUGAAGGAGGGCUCCGAAGCGACAUCUUAAGUUCAUUCUUCAACGUCGUCCUUCGUCGUGUUUGUCGCCAGCUCGCCGUCUUCGAAGGUUCGGAUAUAUAUCAGAAGACUCUUGCCAAGGCACUUGCAAAGCAUUUUGGUGCAAGGCUACUAAUUGUGGAUUCCCUUUCACUACCUGGUGGAACUCCAUCAAAGGAAGUUGAUUCUGCUAAAGAAAGUUCAAAGCCUGAACGACCAUCUGUGUUGGCCAAGAGAAGUACACAUGCUGCUUCUUUAAAACAUAGUAAACCAGCUUCUAGUGUUGAUACUGAAAUUGUGGGUGGAUCCACAAUAAGUUCUCAGGCUAUGCUGAAGCAGGAGGUUUCUACUGCUUCAUCAAAAGGCACUACUAUUAAAACAGGUGAUCGAGUAAAAUUUGUUGGUAACUUCCCUUCUGCUGUCUCAUCAAUACAAAAUCAUCCUUCAAGGGUGAUGUUACUGGGUGGAAGAGCGCCAGAGUAUCUUGCUCAUGAUCCUCUUGUGGCACUGGUGAUCAAGCUUUUCAGUUCUGGAAAAGCACUUGCUUCCAUUUGCCUCGGACAGUUGAUUCUGGCGGCUGCAAGUGUAGCUAAAGAUCACAAGUUUACCGCUUUUCCUCCUGUUAAACCAGCACCGGUUGCCUCUGGUGCUCAUUGGGUUGAACCAGACACUAGCAACAGUGGUGGAUGGUAA